AUGACCGCUCUCGACUUCAUGCCCGCCGAGAAGCCCCCCCAAGCCGGCAGCGUCGCUCUUGGCACCACCACCCACAAUGCCGCCGCCGCUGCCGCCAUGCGGGUGUGCGAGUUCGUCCAGCAGAGGAGGCUGGAGGGGAAGGUGGCCAUCGUCACCGGCGGGGCGCGCGGGAUCGGGGAGGCGAUCGUGCGCGCGUUCGUCCGGCACGGCGCGCGCGUGGUGAUCGCCGACAUCGACGACGCGGCCGGGGAGGCGCUGGCGGCCGCGCUGGGCGGCGCCUGCUGCAGCUACGUGCACUGCGACGUGUCGGUGGAGGCCGACGUGGAGCGCGCCGUCGGGUGCUGCGUGGCGCGGCAUGGGCGGCUGGACGUGCUAUGCAACAACGCCGGCGUGCUGGGCCGGCAGGCGCCCCCAGCGAGCAACGGCGCCAGGAGCGGCGGCAUCGCGUCCCUGGACGCCGCCGAGUUUGACCGCGUGCUGCGCGUAAACACGCUCGGCGCGGCCCUCGGCAUGAAGCACGCGGCGCGGGCCAUGCUGCAGCGCCGCGGCGGUGGUGGCGGCGGGAGCAUCGUGUCGGUGGCGAGCGUGGCCGGCGUGCUCGGCGGGAUGGGCCCGCAUGCGUACACGGCGUCGAAGCACGCGCUGGUGGGGCUGACCAAGAACGCGGCCUGCGAGCUCGGGGAGCACGGCAUCCGCGUGAACUGCGUGUCCCCCUUCGGCGUGGCCACGUCAAUGCUGGUGAACGCGUGGCGCCAUGGCCACCAUCGCGAGGCCGAAGAAGGGGGCGCGUCGGCGGCACCGGUGAGCGCGGAGGAGGUGGAGAAGACGGAGGAGAUGGUGCGGGGCAUGGCGACGCUAAAGGGCCCGACGCUGAGGGCGGGGGACAUCGCGGAGGCGGCGCUGUUCCUGGCCAGCGAGGAGUCGAGGUACAUCUCCGGGCACAACCUCGUCGUCGACGGCGGCGUCACCACCUCCAGGAACGUCAUCGGGCUGUGA